GUUAUGAUCUGGUGUGCAGUGUGCAUAAAUAUGCAUAAACCCCAUAGUUUUUAUGAGCUGGAGCUACUAGGUUAGUAUGGAGCGCAAACUCCCCCAAACGACCCUCCCGUCGUCAGCUACGAUGCCUGGCGGGGCACCUGGAACUGUCCAUCCAAGCUCACAUAGCUCCUCCGCUCACGCAAGCUAGGUUAUUUUGGUUUCCAGAUUUGAGACACAUUUCAUCCUGCAUCACUUGUCUGGACGAACCCUCAAGCCCACAUAUUAAGAAGUUGCAGAACUGUUUCGCCAGUUGCCGCAUAAACCACAGGCUCUCAUCUCGCCCAGCAUGGCGUCGAAUCCGUAUGAGGUCGAGCACAACAUCAAGUCCUCCAGCAAGGCAGCCCACAGCCGGCGCCCGGACAUGUCGUCCUUUACGUCGCACCUGCACAGCAUCUCGCGGGACGCCGACUCGAGCACAUCCUCGACGCACCACCACGCAGGGCCCACGCCCGUCGACGCCGCCGCGCUCUUCACCAUGGUGCAGGAGCAGAUGGCGACGCUGGCCAACUCGGCGCCCUCGGACACCAACCGGGACUUCCUCGUCUCGCUGAUCGAUGCCCUGCGCUCCGACGUGGACAACCCGCCCGAGCAGAUCCGGGGCGUCGCCCAGGAGUACCUCGACAGCCUCGACCGCGUGCCCAAGAAGAGCCUCCGCGCCGACGACUCGUGCCCCAUCUGCGCCGAGAACUACCUCGACGAUCCGUACCCCCUGGUCGUUGAGCUGCCUUGUCAUGGUGCCCAUCGCUUCGAUCUCGAGUGUGUGGGCCCCUGGUUGCAGAGCAAGGGGACUUGUCCGCUGUGUCGGAAGGACCUGACGGAAAAGAAGAAGAUACCGGUGCCCGUGGACGAUGAUGAGGAGGAGGAUGAUAUGGAUGGUCUCUACGGUUGAAAGGUCUGCUGCAGACAGAUAUGAUGGCGAGUGUUUGUUCAGGAGUCAGGUCAGGUUCAUGAGGAUGGUGAUACCCAUACAUAAGAUGCUGCGGUCAAGUUGAUUGGUGCUCAUUGCAAAUGUUCUAUUUUGUUUUUGACGUUUCAUUUAUGGGCUUCUGAUGCUAUUUCUGGUUAAACAAAAUGCUCGAUUCUGAAAACGGACUACCAAACUCCAUAGAUCAUGCAGGACCGUAA